UAAGCGAUCCCAUCGUGCAGUGCUUCUAAGAUGGCGCCUUACUCAAGAUUUUAAAUGUGCCAAAGUUUUAUUUUUAUCGAAAAUUACUGCUGUCGGGUCGGAUAAAAUAUCUGUAGUCGUCAUGGAUGAAGAAACGUUGGUGGCCUCGAUCCAGAAUUAUAAGGAACAGCUGUCCCAAGUGAAGGCUGCCCUGUCUGGAGGUACAGAGGGAAUGGAGGAGCUGGUACAGCUGAAACAUGACCUGGAGGAACUCAUCACACUGUCAGAGGAGAGUUUACUGUCCAUCAAGAAGAGUAAGCUGUUGGGAAUGCUGGAGUCUUCAGACACGGCUGGUGCAGCUGGGAGCAGCUCUGAUCCUCCAGCAACUGAGAACACACAGGACUCGACAUGUAUGGAUGACGAGUUUGCAGCAUUUCAGAAAGCAAUAUCAGGAGAGGCUGGGCCUUCUGGAUCAGGAGAAUCUCCAUCCCAGGCAGCAGCACUCUGUGGAGAUGAUUCCAGUUCCUCUGAUGAUGAUGAGGACAACCCUGACACUGAUAUUACUGGGAUGAAGUGCUGUGCUCCCUUCACGACGGACUGGGGCGUCCUACAGUACCACAAUGCCAUCAUUCUUGGGGCAGAGCCUUCCAGUCAGGAGGUAGACACCCCAAGAGUGAGAGUGAUUUUCUGUAACCCGAUAACCAACAGCAUGCUGCCAUGCUCGUACUUUCUGGAGGGAAAAUGUAGAUUUUCUGAGGAAGACUGCAGGUUUUCACAUGGGAACUUGGUGCCUGUAUCAGACCUAAGACAGUAUAAGGAACUGGAUUUCAGUGUCUUAGAAGAAGGAUCCCAGUGCCUUGCCAAGUACAGGAAUGGUCUGUGGUACCCAGCGACUGUCCAGGGUUUUCAGGAGGAUGGGUACAAAGUGCAAUACUCUUCCUACCAGGAGACAGCUGUGCUUGGUGCAGAGUCUAUAUAUCCUAUGGGUGUCUCCAGCCCAUCGUCAUCUUCUGACAGUGAGAGUGAAGAAAAUGGAGACAGUUCUAACAGUGCCAGGCUGCAACCAGAUGUGGAUGAAGAGGAAGAAGAUGUUGCCAGAUACAUGUGGACACCCAGUGGAGCAACACGUGCCUUGGGAGAGUGGGAGGCUCAUACAAGGGGCGUAGGCUCCAGGCUCAUGGCCAAGAUGGGCUACCAAAUAGGGAAGGGUCUGGGGAAGCGGGAACAAGGAAGAGUCGAGCCCGUACCUAUCGUCAUUUUACCGCCAGGAAAGUCCUUAGACGCAUGGGUAGAGAUCAAAGAGAAGCAGCGAGAGGGCAAACUGCCUACUGACAGCAUAGAGAAGAGAUCAAAGAAAAAGAAGAAAUUAAAGCUGCACUCAGUGAGAAGAGAACCCAAGCAAGAAUUCUUCGAUUUCCUGAACAUGAAGUUAAAGAAAGAUCACCGAGCUGCGGACUCUAAACACGGUACAAAAGCUGGGGACAGACAGAGGUCCGGAAAGGAACUCAACGUCAAGAUGUUACAAGUUCACGAAGAGAUCAACUCCCUACAGAAAACUCUGGUCAAGUUGAAAGAACAACAUCUCAGGAACGUAGGAAGGGACGCCACGGCCGCAGCGCAGUUUCAGGCUAAAAUCUCCGCCACGGAACACCAGUUAGAGAGGCUGAGGGCGAGGGAGAAGGAACUACAGCAAGAACAAGGUGCCAGGAAGUCUCACAAGAAACUGUCAGUGUUCUGAGACGUCUUGUAGUACAUGUAAGUAACAGUCGGAGAGCAGGCCCGCUCUACAUUCGAAAGGCAGGGAAGGUCAAAUUCUUGUCAGAAAUGUAUGGACAACACAGACAUGCAUCAACACAAAGAGACAAAACAUCAGAGAAACACAAACAAGUGUCCAUCAACAAAACAACCCGUUGUUGACACAGAAGAGAUGCGGAGAAUACUCGGACUUUCUCCGACGUGACGGUAGCGUGUCGACUCUGAACUCUUGGGAAAUGACACGUGUUUCUAUGCCCGAUAAUUUUCGACGGUAAUUUCCUCUCUUAAAGGCCGAUGAAAACCUCUACAGACUGUUGACAACAGCAGAGAACACUCCGAGGUUUGCACCGUUCGAUUCACUGGUGACGUCUU